CUCGCUUUCUCGCUCCUUUCUUCCCAAACUUCAAAACAAAAUGGCCGCCUUUCUCUCAUGGAGGGAAUUGCAUCAUCGUUUUGGGUCACUCUUCAGUGUCCUGCCUUUCCUUCCUCAGUCCUGGGCGUGGGGUGUGUGUACACAAACGCGACUCACCUGCGGUGCUGAUAAAUACCCAGGCACUGUAAAGGGGGCCUCACACAUCACCUCUCGGGCUUCGCCAUGGACCGGAUAACGGCGUGUAUCGUUAUCAUGAGCUUCUUCUGGCCAAUGUCCACUAGAGGGCGCCCGUUUCAAGUUCUACCGAGAGACGGGUUUGGCGAUGCAGCGCAAAGCGCAGAGGGCGAUGUGGAGUGCUUCACAGAGUACAUGGAUCUGUGGGUGCACAGGAGCAGGGCUGAAGGUUUGAGACUCUGGCUGGCCGGAGCGCUUAGAGUUCCAGUCAGCCUGACGUCGCCGGAGGAGCUGAGCUGGCGGCUGUCCGCCUGCGGGUACGCGCUCCACAGAGACGCAGACCGGCACUUCAGUUUCAGAGUGAUGUACAGCGGCUGCUCCGUCCGGCUGGAACACAGCAACUACAUCCUGGUACUGAACCUGAUGAAAAGACCUGGAAGGUUCGGUGGGAGAAGUAACAGACUUGUCAUGAAAUGUCCGCUGGUGACAGCGCCACCUGGUGGAGUUCACAUUCACUGCGAUCCUGACUAUGUUCAAGUAACCAGACCGCUUCACCGGGACAGCUGGAACAAUGAGCUGCGCUGGUCCCUGUCUUUGAGAGGAGAGCUGGUAGCGGCGCUGGAAGACUCCAGCCUGAUCCAGUUGAGCGCUGAAACCAGAGGCUCCAACAUCACUGUGCAGGGCCAGAGAAAGGAAAUAAUGGACUCAGUGGAGGUGAUGGGAAGAGCAAUUGACGUCUUGCCUCUCUGGUUAGUCAGUGGGUACUAUGCCUACAGCAUGGAAGCUAACUGCCCUAACGUGUCCAGCUCCCCAGUAGAUGAGACUGUAUUGCACAUCUCCAAGCGCAGGAUGGGCUUAAUCAAGAGGGCUGGCUACGACAGGGAGAGCCUGAACCUACUCUCUGUAAUCGUAAAACAAACAGACGUUUAUUCAGUGUCUGAAAACCACGACUUUCUCCAGCUUACAGUCCCCACAGAUCACAUUCUCCAGAGGAAGAGUUGCACGAGUUCUGCAAGUGAAUCACUUCUGCAGCUAUUCUUUAGAGUGGAUGUCAUUCUGACUUUCAGAGAAAUGCCAUACAGAGUAUACUGGAGUAUGGAAAAUGUUUUUCCAUGUAGUGAAUUUCCAGCUGUAGACCCGUCUCCGGCAGGCAGCGUAGGGCUGGGGAGCUCGGCAGCGACUCCCUCCGACGCCUUUCCCACCGAGCCCUUCGCUUCCUGGCCCUUUCCCACUGCGGAUCGAGCGCCGGCUGACUCCGGGCAGCCGACGGGAAACGCUGGCGCCAGGCAGCCGGUCCCUGGCACAGCCUCCUUGGCGCCCCGCGUGCAGGCUGGCAUGGGUGUUGACCCGGAGGGAACAGGGACAAACCCCACAGCCGCCCCCGCUUGGACGAGCCUUUCAGUUCCGGUUCCGUUCGAAGGUCCCAGUUCCACAUCUGUCCGGGACGGUGCUAGACCACUGGCCUCAUCCCUGUCGCAGGUGACCACAGUGGGAGACACAGUGACGCCCGCAGGUGCUGAGGGCAGCCUUUCCCGUCUUUACCCAGCGCCCCAGCCUGAAUCCCCCUCUCCCGAGUCGUCCCCAGCGCCGUUCGUCAGUCCAUCGCUCCCGACCUCGGCUUCUCCUGCUCAGGCGGCUGGAGGCGGGAGCAGUGCAGGCCCUCUCCCCUCGGCAACCGCCACCUCAACGUCAGGGCAAGAGACGGGGCUGCAAGGCAUGCUGGGUAAAGCUUUCACCCCUACGGCCUCAGCGCAGGUCUCGGGGGGCCCACAGGAAGACACCAGGGGAAGUGGCUGGCGGGCAGCGCCUCCUACAGGUGGGCCCGAGAAUGACAAGGCACUAUCCAAAGGGCCUCCACCACCCAGAGGAAUUCCAGGCACGGCAGCGGAGGAACGUGAAGGAGUUCACGUUGGCAAACUCCCGGAAGCACGCGGCGUGGGUCUGAUUGACCACCCGGAGCUGGCGUCCUCUGCGUCUUUCCUGGGAGCUGAGGACGAAACCGGAGAGGACAGCAGCCGGGUCACAGCACACACAGCGCUAGCCUCCUCUGCCGCCUACAGCCAUGCCCUGCAAGGGGCUCCUGAUGCUCCGACAACGGCGGUUGAGCCCUCCCUGCUGCGCCAGCCCGCUGCUGAAAAGGCACCAGUGGGCAGAACGCCUCCAGGGCCACCGUCCGACCACACAGCAGCAGACGCCAGUGCUGACAGCAAGCAGAUGCAGGCAAGCGGCCCACUGCCAGGAGCCCCCCGGGGGCAGAUCUCUUCUAACCUGCCGGCCCCGACGUCUGCAGAAAAUAUGUCUGAAUUCAACAUGUCUGCACACCGGACAGCUUCACACUCGAUGACGCUCGAUGAGCUGAGGCUAUUUCCGGACAGCCCUGCGGUCCUGCUGGAGAAUCACACCCGCAGUGCGCUGGAUGGCUCGCUGCUGCCCCAGAGUGUGACAGCUGGUGUCAGUCAAGAAGGCCGGCUCGGCCUUGCUUCCAAUGCUAGCUUGGAAUCGUGGGACUGAGUCUCCUGGGUCUGAACUGCAGUAGAUAGAUACCAAAGCGUCUCGAACGGCAACAGCGGAAGUUGUUCCCAUCUGCUACAGGGAUCAUUUUGUUCUAAUGUCAUUUCUUAUGCCAUUUCUACUUGCACAACUGCAGAAACCAGAGAUGGGACAUGGGGGAUAAUGAAAAAAUGUAGGAUUAGAUAUUGAUAUAUAUAUAUAUCUCCAUGAACCAAUGUGUCACAUGAUGGUGUUUUUCCAGGAAGGUUCCAGUCUCUUUCCCACCCAUCAGCAAUGACAGGUGCAGCAGAGCCUUGUAAUGUCAACAAGAUAGUGGCCUUGUUGUUCCUGAGACCAGCUGACAGCUCCUGUCCUGACAGAAGUCACACUGUACAGCUUAAUAAAGCACAGAAAGCAAAUGUGAGCUCAGUGACGACAGUGAGCCAGACUGCUUCUCUGUUUCAUCCAGAAAUGUCUACCUCCUCAGCCUCAAUGUGCACUGUGAUAUAAUAAUUCAUAUAUAUUACUGCAUUCUAUGAUGGAAAGUAUGAUUAAAAAAUACUGAACUUAACCAUGGUAGAUGUUUUAAAGGAUGCCCAGCAAAAUAAUAUUCACCAGGCUGUGAAUAUUACAAAAGACUGGGUCUUAAUCUGCCAAACCAUUAAUUACCUGCUUUCUUCUCAUUACUCAAGCUUGUGUGAAGCAUGCUUUCUAUGAAAUGGGACAAUGUCACCGACAGUAUUUUUACUAGAAAACAGAAACAGCCUUUUCUGUUUUCUUUCUCCUAGAUGAUAGCUAGAUCUUUAUUUUUUAAAAGCUGGAGACAAAAAGCACACGCUAGGUAAAACUCUUUGGGAAACUGCAGCUGGGGAAACUGCUGCUCCGGGAGCGAGCCGGGAGGCCGAGCAAAAACCUCAGACGCUCGUCCCCGCGGAGGGGGUAAUCUGCAGUCUUCUCUGCCAGCGGGGUGUGUCUCGGUGCCAGCAGCGCCCCCCGCGCCAGGCAGACUGAUCCUCCCGCCUCUCGGCAAGGCCCUCGCCUAACAGACCCACCGGCAGGGUCUCAGCAGCUGGGGGACAGGUGGGGGACAGGUGGGGCUCCUGGGACUGUGCACAAGCCAGCCGGUCUCCAGCAGCAGCUGUUCAGGUGCUCGUACUCUGUAAAAGAGCAAAGACAAGAAAAACACCUGGGUUUGUAUUUCUGCUCAUUAUCCUUUGUACAACGAGGCGAAGAUCUAAAUAUGGUCA